AUGGAUAGGGUGUUGGGUAAUAAAGCCUCCAGUAUGCCUCCACCACAGAGCCUAAGCUCAUCCAUCAACAAAAGUAUGAUAUCAGAAGACAUAGAUUCCUCAGAAGACUCAACACAGGGUACAAACAAAGUUAAAUCUGGCAAAUAUCUCUCGGAAAUCUUCCGAAAAUUGCAGGUGGUGUAUGAAGACAAGUGUAUAUCAAAAAUACGUGUGGUUGAAUGGGCAAAACGGUUCAAAGAAGAGCAUGAAUCAGUAGAAGAUGAUCUACGUGAAGCGGCUCUCACUAGCUACGUCUGUCAACCACCUGUCAACUGCCGUGAUCCGUGA